AUGAUAAGACCAUUUAAGAAUUUGAGAAAGAUACGAUAUGAGAUUAUUUUAUUAACAAUUGCUAAUAUUUUAUUUAUUUUCUUAUCAUUUCGUGUAUAUGAAAGGAAUUUAUUAGAAAAGUCUCAUCCUAACAUAAAUUACAUGACUCAAACUUUCAUUAACACCCCUAAGAAACAUUUUUUAUCUUUUAAUAGAAAAUCAUUUAGUGGUGAUUUUAAGGUUAAAAUCUUUCCUAUUUCAGAAUCUAAUUUUUAUUGUACUUUGAAUGAUGAGAAAUUAAAAGUGUUUAAUACUGAGUCAUUUUAUAAUGACCUUCAAUUAGGUAGUAAUGUUGAAAUGAGAUUUUUAUUAGGAAUUGCCAAUCAAUUAAAAUAUUUCAAAACUAAACCAAUAACAAUAGAAGUAAAGAAUGACAGAGUUUAUUAUAACAAAGUCUACAAUCCUUAUCUUAAAGCUAAUGAGAUGAGAAUUAUUUGUCAUAAUAAGCUUUAUAGAAAUACUUUAAAAUAA